AUGGAGAAGCAGGGAGACGUAGCGCACGCGUGCGUAGAGGAGCAAGAGCGAAUACUUCCCAAGAAGAAAUACAGUAAUUUGGUGAAGAUAAGCAAAAAUGAAAUGGAAGGAAGCGAAAAUAAAAAUGACUUGCUAUCAAAGAAGAAGGAAGAGAGAAGAGUUCCGGAGGUGUUUCCAAUGAUGAUGGAGGAAACACCUUCCCUUGAGUUGAAGAAGCUCCGGGAAGGUAUCAGCAACUUCGAGGAUGGGGCGGAUGACGUUAUGAUGAGCCUAUGCAUGAGCAAAACACCGUGCAAAAGAUAUGAUGAUGACAUAAUCUGUGAAAAUACCAAAUACGUAAAGACAUAUAGCAGCAAGAAGAGAGUAUAUACACCUAGAAAAGUGAACAAGGGGAAUCUGUUCCAGUUCGAAAAUGAAGAAAGAGACGGAGCAUCUAUGUUUAUAACCCCGAAGAGGAAAUACACAAAUAAGAGGAAGAUUAAUGAAAUGUUGAAAGAUCUUCAUUCUGAUCAAGUGGCCAAUAGGAGUGUGACGAAGAGAAAAAAAAAAAAAAAAUCCAUUUAUGAUGAAUUAGUCUAUUUAUAUACCCCCCGCAGAGUGGGAAGAAAAUAUUCCGAAAAUGUAUCUGACACAGUAAACGGGGUGGAUUCUGUGAGCGUGACGAAAAUGAUCGAUCCGGCUGAUCUGGCCAAUCUGGGAAACGCCGGUGCUUUGGCAGACAAGUGGCAAAUGCAGGAGUCGAACGUGCGGGAUCUGCCCGAGUACAUAAGGAAUGAGUACAUCUCCUACCUAUGUAGUCCAUUGAAGAGAAGCGAGCGGUUGAUAAAGUCGAAGAUAAAUAAAAUGCUAAACGAAAACGCAGGACAGGAGAAGCAAACCAAUUCGGAUGGAGCAGAAAGAGACAUGAAUAGCAACAACACCACGUGCUGCACGUCCAACUAUUCCGGAAUAUCAAAAACUGAAUCUAUCCAUUGCGACUUUGAACCGGAAGAAGAAGAAAAAUGUUGGGAUGAUUAUUACACACAAGGAAAUGAUAAAGUAAGGCCUUUCACAGGAAUAACAACGGAAUUAGCUGUGGACAUGAUCACAGAAUUAUUGAAGCCCAAAAUUAGGAAGAUGGUUAUUGAUGAGAAGGAGUACUUUUCUCCUAUUACGGAAAACGAUACAAUUAUGGAAGUAGGACAUGGAAAUCAUCCUCUUGCUGUACAGAUGCAUGAAAAGUGGGGAACUGUUGGAAGGUAUAUAGGAGUAGAGUUCAGUGGAUUAGCUAGUAAGGAAGCUUUAAAAUGUGAAAAAUUGAAAAAAUUGUUUUUGAAGAGAAAAGUUGAAUUCGUGAAAAUAUUAAGCAUGAAAUAUUUUAAAGAGGAUUAUCUAAACGGCCUUGUAGUACAAUCCAACAUUUCUCCCCCUAAUACAAAAGCAGACUUUGUAAAGAUGAAUAGUUUUAAGUAUAUCUUUGCAAAAAGCACUUUGGAUUAUAUUACUUGCCGAAUGGACAAUAUUGGAAAUAGUGGUGAUUGGGAAGAGGAUCUACAGAUAUCUCCAUCUGUCGUAGAUAUGUUUGACAGUUUGGCAGACUCCUUACAGAAUUGUAAAAACAAUACCAGCAGAUGUAAUUCCUGCAUCAUUUUUGUAGAACCCAGUAAUUCUUCCAAAUUCCGGGAUCACAUUUUAACGAUAUUCAAGGCCAUUUACACAGCCACGUUUAAAUACAGCAGUGCGGCAAAAUUCCUACGCCUCAGCAAAAUUACGAAUAAUCCAAAGGCUUGUGGAUAUAUGAUUGAGAAGAGGAAUGAAGUGUAUCGGGAUUUUGAGGAAAUCAGGCAGGAUUUCCUCAAACUCAUCCUUAAGGCAUCUGUCACGAAGAACGUGGACGAGGUCGACUGGUACCUUCCUAGUGAGGCACCCAAGAAGUGGGUUAGCACAAACCCUGAGGAUAUCGAGUAUCUUGUCAAGCUUGAUUGCCACAGCUUUUGA